UUUUAAAGAUCUAUGAAAUAAACAAAAUGUUUGAGUAUUUUGUUGUUUGUGUUGAGUUUGUAUUGCUUUACGUGAGAUGUGGUGAGUGUUUGAAACAAUUGACUGUUUAUAUGAUUUGAAUGCUUAUUGUCUUCAAACACACAAAACAUUUACUGUUGAAAGUUGUUGUCGAAAAUCUGUGUAUUUUUAGUGACAAUUUGGGUGAUAAUCAGUUUGGGUUUUCAUAGAUAAUGCAAUUAACAAGAGUUAACUAUUGGAACAAAUGGAUGCGAAACGGCCGAAGACCAGCCCGACCUGUGACCAGAUUUAAAGCCGACAAACCAUUAGUCUUAAGAAACGAAGUGACCUCAGGAACCAAACUUAGCUCCGACGUGGUGUGUAUACAGCAGAUGAUGGAUAUGUUGAGCUGUUUUAAGGACAACGAGUUCGACCAAAUCAGAUGCGAACCACAGAUCAAUGCCUUUCAAAAUUGUUACAACAAAUUUGUGGACGAGAGAAAACUGAAGAAUGAUUUGGUGAACUCCUCGGUUCCCAUUCCCGGUGAGACAAAGCUUAAGAAAGACCAGUUAAAUGUCUUAUUGAAGCGAUGGCCACAACCCAAUUGAGUCACAAUUUAGUCAUAUUUCUUAAGACAGUAAUAAUGUAUUUCAAAAAAUAUAUUUAGAAAAUAAUUAUAAUUGUAAUUAACUUUAAUUAAUAGCAUUUAUUGAACUAAAAACAAAU